AUCCAUGUUUUUCCCUGGAAAAACCCCACAAUUCCCACCUGGAAUUACCCCCCUGACCCUCCCCCUGUCCCACUUUAUCCCAGUUUAUCCCAGUUUAUCCCAGUUUAUCCCACUGGGAUGGAUCCAGAGGUGACUCCAGGCCCAUCCCAGAUCCACCCUCCAGCCCUGAAUCCACGUUUUCCCUGGAAAAUCCCCACAAUUCCCACCUGGAAUUCCCUCUCCCGCUCUUCCCCUGUCCCCCCCCAUCCCAGUUUCUCCCAGUUUCUCCCGGUUUCUCCCAGUUUCUCCCGGUUUCUCCCAGUUUCUCCCCCUGGGAUGGAUCCCGGGGGGGUUCUGGGCCGAUCCCAGCUCCCAACAUUCCCGUUUUUCCCUGGAAUCCCUCUGGAAUGUCAGAGGUUGUGCAGAGCUGGAGCCUCCAGCAGGACGGACCCGUCUCCUCCGUGCUGCUCUUCCCGCUGCCCCCGGAGCCACACGGUGCCCCCGAGGACUCCUGGAACCUCCUGGUGACCAGUGCCCUGGAAGCCGCCGUUGUCUACAGGAAUCUCCUGGAGCAGGGCCUUGGCUCCCCCCAGGUUUUCCCAAGUGGUUUCUCCCUCAUCCCUGACCCCCCAUUCCCACAGAAUUCCAGGAAUAUCCUGGAGCAGG